GCGUCAAGUGUAGACGGUGGCCGCGCAUGGCAUCUCCGCGCCGUCCUCCGCCGCUCGCUGAGGAUGCGGCGCCGAGCGGCUCCGACACCGCAGUCGCCGAAAGUGAAGGCGAAUGACGAGAGAGGAGCUCGGAACCUGGUGCUGGACCCGUCGAACCUGCUGCUGGACCCGCCGAGACUGGUACUGGACGCUCGGAACCGGACCUGAUAGGCCGGACAGCUGCAAAGAGCCGCGGCUUCAUCAGGGUUGAUGUUCAAGGCUUCACUUUGAUAUUGAUCAUUAGCAGGAUGAUCGAGGAAGGCAGCAAACGAGGCAAGGCCACGGUGGAGAAGAGACAACUCUUCAUGGAGAUGAGAGCACAAAACUUUGACGUGAUCAGACUGUCGACCUACAGGACGGCCUGCAAGCUCCGCUUCGUGCAGAAGAGAUGCAACCUCCACCUGGUUGAUGUCUGGAACAUGAUUGAAGCCUUUCGUGACAACGGGCUCAACACGCUGGACCACAAUGCAGAGAUCAGCGUGUCCCGGCUGGAGACCAUUCUGUCUUCCAUCUACUACCAGCUCAACAAGCGGCUGCCCACCACCCACCAGAUCAACGUGGAGCAGUCCAUCGGGCUGCUGCUCAACUUCAUGGUGGCCACCUACGACAGUGAAAGCCACGGGAAGCUGACCGUCUUCUCCAUGAAGGCCAUGCUAGCAACGAUGUGUGGAGGAAAGAUCAUGGACAAACUGCGCUAUGUUUUCUCUCAGAUCUCUGACUCAGGGGGGGUCAUGGUGUUUGCCAAGUUUGAUCAGUUCCUCCGGGAGGUGUUGAAACUCCCCACAGCGGUGUUCGAGGGGCCCUCGUUCGGGUACACGGAGCACUCAGUGCGGAUGUGCUUCCCUCAGCAGAAGAAGAUUUUGCUGAACACGUUUUUGGAUGUGUUGAUGGCGGACUCCCCCCCUCAGUGUCUCGUGUGGCUGCCGCUCAUGCACCGACUUGCUAAUGUUGAAAAUGUCUUCCAUCCGGUGGAAUGUUCUUACUGCCGGAGUGAAAGCAUGAUGGGGUUCCGCUAUCGCUGCCAGCAGUGCCACGGCUACCAGCUCUGCCAGAGCUGCUUCUGGCGUGGCCAUGCCAACGGUCCCCAUAGCAACCAGCACCAGAUGAAAGAGCAUUCAUCCUGGAAGUCUCCAGCCAAGAAGCUGAGCCACGCCAUCAGUAAAUCUUUGGGCUGCGUCCCCAUCGGAGAGUCCCCCCAUCCUGUGUUCCCUGAGCAGGCCGAGAGACCUCAGGAGCUCGCCCACACCGUCGUCUUGGAAAGUCCCAGCCGGCUCGAUGAAGAACACCGGCUCAUCGCACGAUACGCCGCACGCCUGGCGGCCGAGGCCGGCAACUCCACACAGUGUCCUCCGUCAGACCUGACCUUCAACUUUGAUGCUAACAAACAACAGAGACAGCUGAUCGCAGAGCUGGAAAACAAAAACAGGGAGAUCCUGCAGGAGAUCCAGCGGCUGCGUUUGGAGCACGAGCAGGCCUCUCAGCCGACACCAGAAAAAGCCCAACAGAACCCGACGCUGCUGACCGAACUGCGGCUUCUCAGACACAGGAAGGACGAGCUGGAGAGGCGCAUGUCGGCUCUGCAGGAGAGCCGGCGGGAGCUGAUGGUGCAGCUGGAGGGACUCAUGAGGCUGCUGAAGGAUGAGGAGCAGAAACAGGCUUCCCAGUCUGGAGGCUCUCCCCAUUCGUCUCCCAGUCACGGUGCCGGCUGCUCCAUGCCCAUGCCCAUACGCUCCACCUCAGCUGGCUCCACCCCCACCCACACGCCGCAGGACUGCCUGGCAGGGGUGGGCGGGGAUGUGCUGGAGGCUUUCGCUCAAGGUGUCCCUAGAAAUCUGCGAAAUGAUCUUCUAGUUGCUGCUGACUCAAUUACAAACACGAUGUCAUCGCUGGUGAAGGAGCUUCACUCAGUGGAUGACGGAGGAGACGAAGAUGAGACCAAUAUGAGGAAUGGUGGAGACAGAGGCCCAGUGAGAGUCCAAAAGCACUGAGGGGACGAGCUCACGAAGAAAGUCCCUGCCUGCACGGAGGAACAGUCAUGAGCUGGGAAGGAUCAGCAGGACCCCCUGGCAUUAGCACAUAGAGUAAUGCAU